GGGGGAGGGGAGGGAAGAGGACUCAAUUUUUCAAUCAAUUAGCUCAUCGUACCUAAACGUACUUUUUGAAAGGAGAACUUCAGACUAAGUCAAGAAACAUCUCUGAUCAUCAGAUCAUCAGAAAAUAGAGUCUAAAAGAUCUUUCCAGCUUCUGAUGGCAGCUUGAAGGAAUUUUUAUCUCUAAAUCAACAUUAUCUAGAAUAAAUAUUAGUCCUGAAAUGUUUCCGAAGUAGGCACUUGUUUUGACAUUCUGUUAUGUAUCAUUGUUAAUCAUUGCCUUCUUUAAACAUUGCAGAAAUCGAAACAUGGCGAAGGGAAUGUUGGCAUUCCUCUUCGUCACUCUGCUUGCUUGUGUGUCACUGUCGGAUUCUCUUUGACGGUGACGAUGACAGCGGCCAUCCAUGGGUCCAGUGCCCGACGCUCGGGCACAGGGAUCCGUGGUGGUCCUAGGGGUGAUAAACUCCGCUUGACGGCAGAGAGUCUGAUGACAGGCUGACUGUCGCGUCAAGGCCAUUGCGAAAAUGGACGAGAUGCGUGAGGUCGCUAAGGGGAGGUAAGUCGUUAGUGAAGAGUGCAACCGAAAGUCAUCGGUUAUUUCUUUCGUUCAGCUGUCAACAGGGAUAGGGGCGCUCUCGUCGGACGAAGAUUACGUCACCUCUUGCUCAAUCACUCUGCGUGGGGUUACUAUAAUACUCAAGCAACUAUUUCGAAAUGGAUAAUUUCAAUUGGUUUAAUAAACUGAGUUGAUAAUGUACAUUCGCCACGGAAGAGAGCUGACGUUUCUAAGGUUGGCUUUUCUACAGGAUAAAUGUUUACCGAGCGAUUUCUUUCGCAGAGGAAGAUAAAGGUUAAUCGGUUAGUAGGACAAUUACUUAAUUCCAGUAAGGUACCACUGUAGGGCCCCCUAUCAGAAAAUUCAGCCCACUUGUCUCAAUAAAAACAGGUUAUCCUAAUCAAAAUAAAAGAAGAAAUAGCUCUCCCCACGAAGCAUCAAGGUCAGGCUUGUGGCUCGAGUGGAUUAGUAGCCGCUCUUUAUAUUCUUACACACAUUUUUCGCAUCUACAGCGAGAUGGGUGACAUUGUUUUCAUGACAGUGGUUGGCCAGAAUGUUUUCUCUCAGUCUUGGAAUCAAACUGAUGACAUGUUCGAGGAGCCUACCCCGGGUCUCCUGUCUACAGAAUUUGGUUUGAACAAGACUGGAAUAUUUGUUUAUAACCGUUGCGGAAGUCUUGAGGGGGAACUCCAGUUAUUCCCAGUAGUUCCCUUAAAUCCAUCGGAUAUCCGUCUUGAAUGGUGAGUUUACCCUUUAACUCGUAAGAGUGACUAGAAUUUAAUUUCUCCCAACAACAUACCCUUGAAUCAAACAUUAAGGUCAUGAGAAUAAAGGAAAUGAUCAUCAACCGAAGCAGCUCUUGAUUAUUAAACGAAUUCUCUUUGUCAGCACCUUGGGAAAUGUAUAAUGAAUAGUAUGGAGAAUAUAGAUACUGAUGUUAGGGGUAAAGGGUUAAACCACUAAGAUCAAAUUAGUAAUUCUCUCUUCUAGAAGUCACUCAUUUGCGUGUAAAUUAGAAAGGAGAAUUAAUUGUUUAAUCAAGAAGACUCCGGCGGAAAGUUUCUCUUUUCUUAUCACCUGUUUGCUAAAAUUAUGCAUACAUAUUGUGAAAAGAAAUUACAAGUCUAUCACUUUUGAGAAUGCUAAAUUUUGUCAGGAAUCAAGUGAAGAUUAAUUUUGCUGAUAGUUUCGUUGCUAUUUGAGCCAACCGUUUCUUUGUAGCGAGUGUGUUAAGCAAACCCGUAUACCACAUUUUUAGAAACCCGUUGAACCAGUUUUCCUCUUUUGCUGAUUUGCAGGAAAGUCAUCGAAGAUGCUUACAGAAACUGCCCGCAGUGUAACAAACCUGCUCCAGAAAAAACUCGAUUUCAAGGCAAGGUGACCACUCCAUAAGAUGCUCAGCCUUCAAGCCUGGAAUGAAACUGAUGUGAUUUCGCGCUUUCCGUAGAGUUUAGUUGGUUAUCACAAGGGUUUAACUUUUAAGGGGGGAGGGGGUUAAUUCCGUGGUAGGAAUUUUGUCGUAGAGUUUCUUCAUUUGGACUUAAACGUCAGAGGAAAUUAGUCACUCCCAGUCGAUAAAGCCCGCAAACAAAGUAAUAAAGCCUUA